AGUAGCUCGGUUCUGCUCAGCUCAGUCGAGGCAACGCCGCAGGUCGGAGUCGAAGUCGCGAGUUCGCGGAGAGUACCUCGUGAAAGCGGCAGGCGAGAGAGGAAGAUUGUGUGUGUGGAGGCGCUCGAUACGCACGCAGUUGCUGCUGCUGGCUGCUGCUGCUACUGCACGACAUCGACGGCGAUCUGACGGAGCGAGGAGACAGUCGAGAAAACCUAGAACGAAGCGAGAAACGGCGAGAUAGACGGGAAAGAGAGAUCGAAACGCAAGUUGGCGAUUGAUUGGGCCAGAGAAAGGAGAGAGAGAGAAAGAGAGGGCGAGAGGAAGAACGAAGCGAGCUCUCUUCUCCUUCGAAUUGAUUCCACGAGAGCGUCGUCGGUCCGCGCAUCGCGCACACCGCAGCAGCAUCGUCGACACCACGACGACGACGACGACGGCGACCGUCGCGCGUCUCGCAUCUCUCUCCGGGAGAAGUCUCUCGUCGUCGCUCUCUCCCGUCGGCCGUUGUCGUCGUAGUAUCUGGCGGAUGGACGCCGGUAAAAAUGCGGUGGUGACAGUGACCGGAUACCGAGGAGAGGACCGACUCCGGAGCAAUUCUCAAGCGGCAAGCGGGUAAUUAUCGUCGUUGUCGAUCGUGUUGCGCGAAAAAGAGAGAAAAAGAGAGAGAUAUAUAUAGAACCGCCGGUGCUUCGCGCUCGAUCGAGUCGUCCGGUAAACGACAGUUUGAAGGAAAUAGAGAACGAGAGAAAGAGAGAGAGAGGGGGAACAAGGGUACUCUCUUCGCGACUCAGCCGGAAGUUAUGACGAACUCGCGCUUUGUUCAAGGACGAAGAAUUGUUCGCGCGCAUGUGUCCAGUAGUGGGAUAUAGUGUCAACGACAAGUCGCCGCUCGCAGAUCUGGAUACCUUGCUGUCGACACCCGCCGGGCCCGGAUUGUCUCAUGUCAGGAUGGCGCUGGCGCGGUACGUACAAUCGUACGGCUCGCCGUUGUCGGAGCUAGGACUUGCGGUGAGCGACUGUGCGCCUCAGACGUCGCGGGUUAGCUCGAACCUGCACAGCAGCAGUAGUAUGGCGGUGAGCCGCGUCCCGAGCCCACCACCGCCGGAAGUGAACACCCCCGUGGCCGAGAACUGGUGUUACACGCAGGUCUUAUGUGCACAGGUGAAGGUGGUUAAGUUCAGCUACAUGUGGACGAUAAAUAACUUCAGCUUUUGCCGUGAGGAGAUGGGAGAGGUACUCAAGUCGUCCACGUUUUCAGCUGGGGCCAACGACAAGUUGAAAUGGUGCCUGAGAGUGAAUCCUAAGGGCCUGGAUGAAGAGAGCAAAGACUACCUGUCGCUGUAUCUCCUUCUCGUUUCGUGCAACAAAUCUGAAGUCAGAGCAAAGUUCAAAUUUUCUAUUCUUAAUGCCAAAAGAGAAGAAACCAAAGCAAUGGAGAGCCAGCGUGCUUACAGGUUCGUUCAGGGUAAAGAUUGGGGCUUCAAAAAGUUCAUCAGGAGAGACUUCCUUCUGGACGAGGCCAACGGACUGCUGCCAGACGAUAAACUCACGAUAUUCUGCGAGGUAUAUACCUUUGUCAGUGUGGUAGCGGACAGUGUAAACAUUUCCGGGCAGAGUAACACGAUACAAUUUAAAGUGCCGGAGUGCCGGUUACCCGAUGAUCUCGGGCUGCUGUUCGAAAACCAAAAAUUUAGCGAUGUAACGCUCACUGUCUGCGGUAGGGAGUUCCAGGCGCACAAAGCGAUUCUCGCAGCACGAAGUCCCGUCUUCUCGGCAAUGUUCGAACACGAGAUGGAGGAAAGAAAGAAAAAUCAUGUGGAUAUCACCGACGUGGAUCAUGAAGUUCUACGGGAAAUGCUGCGAUUUAUUUACACCGGUAAAGCGGCGAAUCUGGAGAAAAUGGCGGACGAUCUGUUAGCCGCGGCGGACAAAUACGCGUUGGAGAGGCUGAAGGUAAUGUGCGAGGAAGCACUUUGCACAAGCUUAGCCAUUGAGAACGCGGCCGAAAUCCUCAUACUUGCCGAUCUCCAUAGCGCCGAUCAGCUGAAGGCACAGGCGAUAGACUUCAUUAAUACACACGCGACGGAUGUGAUGGAUACCGUGGGUUUUAAAUCCAUGGUGAGUUCCCAUCCGCACCUGAUAGCGGAGGCUUUCCGGGCUUUGGCGACCCAGCAGAUCCCACCGAUCGGACCGCCGAGGAAACGAGUGAAACAAAGCUGAAAGCAGUCACCGCUAACUCCGGGCACGACAUCCACCUCGCCCCCACCACUUUUGCAUCCCUCUUGAACCUUUGUGUACAGUGAUAUAAUGAAGUAUAGUAGUGCUAAAUAAAUGUUUCCUAGUGCGCCACCCUCUGGUCUAAAAGAAAAGUCGACAACAAGAGAAUCGACGUGAGAAUCAUCAUCCGAUUGUCGACGGGCCUCGGCUGAGAGAUCAUUCAGAGAUCGAUGGGAGGGGAAAAAGAAUCAUUCUGUCCGUUCGAUCGAAGGCGAGUUUUAUAAAAGCGCUCUCAUAAGCGUCAGUAAUGAGAAUUCGACAUGAUGCGACCAGCAUCAGCGCGCUGCUCACUCCGUUUCCGCGCGUCAAAGAGAAGAACGAGACGUCCGAAAGCCUACGCAUAUCCGCAUUCACAUCCUCACAUCCCCAUUGACGAACCGUACUUCUCAGUCGGCCUGAGCGCGAAUCAGUAACAGCAGCAGUAGCAACAUCAUAGUCGCAUUGUGUUAAUUUUCCUCCAAAGUCAACGCUGAUGCCGAUCGAUCGCUUGGUGAUACGUUCAUACGUAUCAUCAGAUUUAUCAUCGUUAUCGUGAACUCGCUUUCGUUUCCAUUAUCAUCGAGCGGAUGGAUCAGAAGCGAAUGGUCGCACGAGACGUUAGAGACAUGGAAUUGUAUAGCCAGAGAGGACCAAGGAAAGGCGAGGAGUUUCUCUCCACGUGACUCGCCGUCGCGAUUGCCGUAACUACAACAAUAACAACAACAAUAACAACAACCCGCGAUGCACGAAGGAAGUUGUGAUAGACGUCGGCCAGACGAUUUAAACAUUUUGUUCCUUUGUCGAGAGAAAGCACGAGGAGGAAAGAUGGAUUAAACGGAUGUCCCAUAGCCGCCGUACGCUCGACGCGUCGAGCACGGAGAGAAUUAGAUACUUUGUUCGUUUCUACCGAUAGUAGUGAUCUUUUUUUUUAGUUAUUAGCGCGUCUCAAACUCUUCCAAGACGGAGAAAUCAUUCUAGUUAGUGUUCUUUUUUUAUGAUCUCUUUCUCUGAACCACGUAUGUACGAUUUAUUAUUAUAUUAUUACUAUUAAUGCUAUGCAAUCUGUGCCCCAUGUAUUUUUGUAUAUUUUUGUCUACAGAUAAAGAAACUCGUCUCUCCCCCCUGUCCUUGUUGCCGCGAUAAGCCCAAAUUCCCCGUUUCCUCCUGUCAGUAGGCACAGUUUGUCUUGUUUUCUGGAGUAUUGCAUACUGUAAGCGAAGUGAUAGGAUCGAAUUAUUAUUAAUUAUUAUUAUUAAUGAUUACGUUAUUAAAUUUAGGGUUGUCCAUAAUUUAUCGGAUCUACGUUGAAUUAUCACGGGGAUGUCUCGCGCGCGCGCAUAAUGGUUACAUUGUGUUAUUUUAUAGACGUUUACGAUCUACAAGUUGAUAACGUUAUUGAAUAAAAAUGGACGAGAAAAACGAAAGAAAAAAAUAUUUUAAAAAAGUCAUGUAAAAUAGACAACAUUAGUCAAUUAUAGCGCGGAGCGUCACUCGCUCCUUUCUGAUUUUGUGUUAAUUUGAUUACGGUCCGCAAAAUUGCGUGUGCGGUCAAGGAACUGAAUUAUGGGCAACCGACAAAGGCGAAAAAAGUAAUAAUCAAUUGUUUAGUACCGUGUACUGGCUUCCUGAUCCUCCGAUCUUUAGCUUUACCGAAAGCCGAGUUUUAAAUAUGUGGGAAUACUUAUUACCAUUUACACAUCAUUAAUGAUGACGAUUAAUGCCAUACAUGUUCUGUGAUAAGACCACUUGUAAUUACUGCAAUUGUAUAAUCGAUCCUUUCUAGAGACAGAUCCCUUCCCUCCCCACCCCCAUGACGAUCCUGGCAGCCAGUGAAUUUACUUGUUAUAUAAAAUACAUACGGUAAGCGACAGUCGUUGUAUCCGGACAGUCCCAAACCUAGUGCGCGUCACUAACGAUUUUAAGAUUUUUACACUGUACAUAUCCGCUGGUGUAUUUUAUAAGAACAGAACAAACUCACGUACGAGAAGCCCAUACUUUUACGAAAAAAACUGUACAAUAAUCAGUGUAUGUUAUUUUUGUUUCAAUUUUACAGACUACGCUAAGCUCAUGUUCCUUGAAAAAACACUAUGCUUUAACUCGAAACUGUAAUGUAAAACGCCGAAAAGUUGAUGCGGAUUAAGAAGUUACGCGUUUGCCGUAGCGUCGUCGAGCGAUGCGAUCGAUCGCGUCAAUGAUCAAAAAUUGUGAAGCGAUGGAAAUCUAGUUAGGGAAAUUUUCCACCGUUUUUCUACCGUUGAUCUUUUUAUUUGGAUCUUGGGAUGAUAGGUAGGACUUAAAUAAGAAGAAAAGAGAGUAAAGAUAAUAGAUACGAAAGCGGUGUAGUAGCGAUUUAAGGAACAGACUUUAGCUGUGUUGGAUUCACAUUAAAAAAAAAUCUGCGACCAUUCUCCGAUUCUCAUAUCUAUCUUUGGGACUGUGCGGCGAUUUCUUUGGUGGAACACACGUAACGUUGAAUGUCUUUUCCUAGAGAAAACAAAAUAAACUGGAAAAAAAAAGAUAAUGCGAGAGCAGAGUAAAGCUAAUUCCGAGAUAGACAAUUCAUAAAGUACAGAGAGAAGAAAAACACAUAUACACAGAUGUAGGCGCAAUUCCGUACGAACCCGCAGCAGGAAUAAUACGAGCGUAUGACUGGAUAUAAUUUGAUAAACUAUUAAGUACAAGUAAGACAAGUGUUACCUCAUCAUGAUGAAAGCCGGCGCGUGUUGUCGGUGAUCGCGAUCACCGUCGCCUCUAGCUACUACCGCACGCCCGCUCUCUGAUACACACAUACAAACACACACAUCCGUUGUAUAUUGCAUUUAAAAAUUCAAAGCGCUUUUUUGUAAAAAAAAUUUAUGGUUGCGGUAGUGGCUGAUCUGCGAGAAGUGUCACGCGCGCCGCUCAUUGAACCCAGCUCAUACACGCAGACAUUCAUUUUCCAUUUUACUUUAAGUCAUUGCACCACAUCAAAUAAAUGACAUUUUCAUUAUA